GUCGGUUCAGCUCACUUCGUUUCUUUGUUACCCUCAUCGCAAGAACUAUGAAUAAAUCGCCGCGCUUGCUCCCCGUUUUUGUUGAGCCGCCGAUACAACAUUGAUCAUGUCGGUUCGUAUCGUGGCUCUGGGGAAUGAGAAAGCGGGCUUUGAAGACAGCCUGCAGCAGCCGGAUCUGAUCACCACCUAUUUCGGCAGACAUGCUAUUAUUCGGCACAUUGAAGAAAGGCGGUUGCUAAGCUUUGCCACCCACAUCACAUUUCCUGCCUUCGUCGAGUACCAAGCUUAUGUCUUCGGCAGAGUCCGAGUGCUGAUUCACGACUGUCCCAGUUGGGAUUUAUUCGACAAUGACUGGUAUAGGUCACGGAAUGUGGUUGGGCUGGCAGACAUCAUUGUCUUAAAAUAUAACGUCAAUGACAAAACCUCAUUUCAAGAAGUGAAGGAUAAUUAUGUGCCAAUGAUUAAACGGAUACUUGACCAGUGGACAGUUCCAGUAAUAGUUACUGCUGUCGGUACAAGACAAAAUGAGGAAGGGCCACCUUGCUCCUGUCCACUGUGUACAUCAGAUAAAGGAAGCUGUGUCCCUUUCUAUGAGGGAAUUGAACUGUCAAAAGAAAUUGGAGCAGCUUACUUGGAACUUCACAGUCUCAAUGACUUCUAUGUGGGGAAAUACUUUGGAGGAGUGUUGGAAUAUUUUAUCAUUCAGUGCUUGAAGCAGAAGUCUUCUCAGAAGAAAAAGAAAAGGGGCAGCAGACCCCACAUAAUCCCACCGCCUAGACUUAGAGAGCCAGUCAAACUACCCUGUUUAAAGAUUGAAGAAUCCCAGUAUCAUCGUGACUUGCUGAACCUAUACUACAGCUCUUUGUGUACAGAUGUGGUGUUUUCUUCCAAGGAUGGACAAGAGGUGGCUAGAGCUCACAGGGUUGUGCUGUGCAAUGCAAGCCACAUCUUUAUGUUCCUAUUUGGUGUGGAGGUUGCAAGUGAUCCUGGUGAAUUACCUAGGAAGAUUGCUCACAAUCUGUUUACAAUAGACGAAAUGGACAUUGCGUUGAUCUCCAGCCAAGCUUUACUUCAUAACAGCCAGCCAGUAAGGGUCAUCAUUUUAGACUCACUGCUCUGUGCCUGCUACUCAGAGGUCUUGAAGUUCAUUUACACAGGCACUAACUGCUGGGAUGAACUAAAAUCAAUCCUCUGGAAGAAACUGAAAAAUCUAGAACAAGUCAAAAAUGUGAUGGAAACACUCAAGCUUCUCUUCAAAUGCAAUGCUAAGAUGUUUUAUUCCAGUGAUGUCAGCAAUCAAGCAGCAAACAGUAAAGGACAAUCUCAAAGUUGCUGCUGCUCAUUAAGCCUUUUCUUUCAAAAUCCUGGCUUGGCUGAUGUCAUUUUUAUAGUACAAGGUACAUCUAUAUAUGCUCAUAGAGCAGUAUUGGUGGCUCGUUGUGAGGUGAUGGCAGCAAUGUUUAGUGGAUAUUAUGCUGAAACAAAAGCGUGUCAGGUUCCUAUUCAAGGUGUUUCCAAGGAAACCUUUCUCUCCUUCUUGGAGUAUCUGUAUACUGAUGCCUGCUACACAGCCAGCAUUCUUCAAGCCAUGGCUCUUUUAGUAUGUGCAGAAAUGUAUCAAAUACAUAGACUACAGCAGAUAUGUGAAUCAUACAUUGUCACGCAGUUACAGAGCAUGCCUAGUAGAGAACUUGUAUCAACCAACCUCAGCAUUGUCAACUUGUAUAACAAGGCCAAGUUCCACAAUUCUACUAGAUUGUCUACCUGGUUACUGCACUUCAUUGCCAGCAACUACCUCAUCUUCAGUCAGAAGCUGGAAUUUCAAGAGCUUUCUGAGGAAGAGCAAGCGUUUGUGGAAAAUCACAGAUGGCCCUCAAGCUCCUACUUGCAGGAGCUGACUGAAUACAGGCAUCACAUUCACUCCGGGAGAUCUCGUUGUACUCUCAUGUAACUCUGUUAACCAGGCCUUGGAUACCUAUUGAGGGUAAAAGAUGGACACUUAUUAAACCUUGUGUUAGCAAAAAA